UUUUAUGACGCAACAAUCGGUUUCCUUGCUAUGCACGUUGUGCGUAUCUCUACAUACAGUAUAAUACGGUAAACUUGUUUCGACCAUCGUCGUUCGUUCAUUCUGUUUUUAACGUACGCGCCGGGUGGUCGUCCGCAGUUGCAUAUUUUUAACAACACGUGGCGCGCCGAAUCUUUAAUAUAACCUAUUCGCCGUAACAACAGCAGCUACAAAUUAUUCUGGUAGUUCGAGAGACAAGUAAACUUUAAUCAAAAUGGUUAACGAAUCAAAUGGGAGCGCUUCUCCGCAGCAGGAGCUUGAGACAUUCCUGUCUCCAGAAGAAAGGAAUAAAGAGAAAAUCGUCAAAAAAUAUGAAAUGACCAAAGAUGCAGAGGCGGCGGAUUUCGAUCCGUUUGCUGAACGAAAACUGGACAAUCCGACUUCAAACAUGGAUACAUUAACCCAUCUCCUGAAGGCAUCGCUGGGUACUGGCAUACUCGCGAUGCCAAAGGCAUUCAAAAGUUCCGGUCUUAUCAAUGGCAUCUUUCUCACCAUUCUCGUGGCGGUCAUCUGCACCCACUGCGCUUACGUACUUAUAAAAUGCGCACACGUUCUAUAUAAAAAAACGAGAAGAACCACUAUGAGUUAUCCUGAAGUGGCAGAAUCAGCGAUGCAAAACGGUCCGCAGUGGGGGAAACGAUACGCAUAUGGUUUUAGAAUAUUCAUACUGGUCAGUCUGUUCAUGACCUACUUUGGUACGUGCUCGGUCUACACCGUGAUCAUUGCCACGAACAUAUUAAAGGUGGCGAACCACUAUCUAAGUGCUGAUGUCGACCUAAGGAUGAUAAUCUUAAUACUUCUGCUGCCGCUCAUCUGUAUGGCUUGGAUUAGGAACUUGAAAUAUUUAGCGCCCGUUUCUAUGAUCGCUAAUCUUUUCAUGGGCGUUGGACUUGGUAUUACAUUCUACUAUUUAGUGGGCACUGGAGGUCUCGAAUUUGAUAAAGUGUCCUACAUCAAACCACCAGUAGAAUGGCCUGAAUUCUUCUCGCUGACAAUUUUCGCGAUGGAAGCGAUUGGAGUUGUGAUGCCACUGGAAAACGCUAUGAAGACGCCCAAGUCUAUGCUCGGAUUCUGCGGUGUGCUGAACAAAGGCAUGUCUGGAGUUACUCUUGUAUACAUUCUCCUUGGCUUCCUCGGCUACCUACGUUACGGCGAUGAUGUCAAGGACUCAAUAAAUCUUAAUCUGGACCAAGAAAAUGUGCCGGCUCAAAUCGUCCAAAUCGCUAUCGCCAUUGCCGUCUACUGCACAUUCGGUCUUCAGUUCUUCGUGUGCAUUGAGAUCAUGUGGAACUGCAUAAAGGACAAGUUCACCAAGCACCCGGUCAUGGCUGACUACGCUAUGCGCACCGUCAUGGUGACAGUUUGCGUUCUGCUCGCGGCCGCUGUACCCACCAUAGCACCUUUCAUGGGAGUCAUCGGCGCAUUCUGCUUUUCAUUACUAGGUCUAAUUGCACCUGCAUUUAUUGAAGUUAUCACUUUCUGGAAUAUCGGUUACGGCCGCUUCCACUAUUUGGCAUGGAAAAACGUUCUAGUAUUCAUCUUUGGCCUCUUCGCACUUAUCUUCGGUACCAAAGACGCAGUCAUUAGCAUAAUAAAUGAGUACAAGUAAUAAUACUACACAUCAGCCUAGUGAUCAUAGGUCUGAUAUACAAAAGUAUAUAUGUGUGAUAGUUAGUUAGAUCGUAAGAUUUAGUUUUUAGUUGAAUUUAUUUUUAAUCUUUUUAAAGCAUUUUAUAAGACCUAUUUUUACUACACCGCGGCCCGAUUUUGGACACCGCUUUUGUGUGGUGCUAGAAAUGUUAAUCAAUUGAACGUUUUAAGGUUUUGUAUGAGAGAGUUUUUACUCGGACCUUAUUAUUUCGUUUGCAUUCCCAAUUAUUGUACAAUGUGUGUGAAAAUGUUGUAGUAAAAUUUAAUUUUUAUCAACCCUAUUGUUACUAAGCAC